UUAAAUUUCCAAUGCGCGCCACACUAACAAUUUAAUUUUGAAAAUUUCGCAGUAAAUUAAUACGCAUCCAGCGCCUUAUGUUGCGCAAGUUCACUUUAUAUUCUUUGUUUACACAGGGUUAUGAAACAAUAAGGGGCUCACAUCUGUCGCUUAAAUAGCGCCAGAACAAAACUAAUCAUGUCGGGUGAUGUGCAGCCAAGAAAACGGAAGGAUAAGAGAAGAAAGAAAGAUGACCUGGGUGUCGAGGAACCGCCGCGUGGGACAGCGGCAGUAUUCGGCGAAGGCGAUGUGUUAAUGCAUUCUCAUCACGAACAUGGCACAGGAGGACACUGGUGUGCAAAAAUAAUCUUCUUUUCUCUACUGUCUGUUUUAGUUACAUUGAUUGUACUCAUAAUCCUCGAAAAUAGAGGGCUAACUGAAUUGGAAGCAAAUGCAGUUGAAUCUCGAUACUCUGGUGUGUUGGAUGGUUGGAUUGAAGAUACACCUGAUGAUGACCAUCAUGAUGAACAUACACUUGACCUAAAACACCAUAGUUAUGAAGAUGUUCAUGAUGAUGGUGAUGAUGAUAAUCAACAUGAGAUUGAGACAGAACAUGAUGAAGAUGAUCAUAGUGAAGAAGAAUUCAAUGAUGAAAAUGAGGAGGAUGAUAAUGAUGACGACGGUCUUGAUGACGAUGAGGAUGAUGAUGACGACGAUGCUGAGGAUAAUGACAAUGAUAUAGAUCAAGAUGAUAAAGAUGAUAUUCAUUAUGAAGAAAAGGAUGAUGAGAAUGAUAGCGAUGAGAAGAAUAUAGAAGAGGAUGAUUAUGAUGAGGACAAUGAAAGGAUGGAAUACAAUAAAUAUACAUAUGAAGAACAAGCCGGUGCCGACGACGACGAUGAUGAUGACGAAAAUGAAGAUGAUGAUGAAGAUAAUGAUAUGAAUAACAUUGAAGAUUUAAUAAAUAAUGAUUCCAAUGAACAGGAUGAUGAUUCUAAAGAAGAUUUAAAAGAUUUUAAUGAACAAAAUGAUAAUCAGAGCAAUGAACUUCAAGAUGAUGAUGAUGAUAAUAUUGAUACAAAUGAAGACCAAAAUGAUAUAGAGAAUUAUGAAAAUGAUGACAACGAAAAUGAGGAUUAUGAAGAGAAUGAAGCUGAAAAUGACGACGACGAAGAAGAAGUAGAGAGAAUAGAAAGAGAAGUUGUAGAUGAUGAAGAACAGGCAAUUUCAUCUGAAAAGUUUGAAGAAGAGAUUAUUGAAAAUAAUAAAGAAGAUGAUGAUGAAGAGAAAGAAGAAACAAAUGAUGAAGAAGACACAUCUGAUAUUGACGAAGACAUCAUCGAGCCACCAAUUGUGGAACAAAUCCCUCUACCAUCAGGAAAACCCUUUGUGGAAUUGGAAGAUGAACCGUCUUCAGAAAAACCGACUGAUACAUUAGCUGAAGAAGAGGAGUAUGAAAAACGACAGGAACAAAUUCGACUCGAAAAAGAAGAAUCUUCGUCACAGAUGUGGCUGAAGUUGGUGGUUGGUGGUGCUCUGCUGUUGGCAACACACGCUGUCAUACGACGCUCCGCAACGCCUGGCGAUCCAGAAAGUGAGGAUAUUGAAAUCAGAGAGGAAACUCCGACUUUGGUCGACAGACGUAUGACCCUCCUUCCUAGAGAAACAGCACCUUUAUUGACCCCAGAGACAAGCGAACCAGUUCAAGAGAUUGUCGAAAGCCUCGAUUCAAUUAAGAAAGCAGUUCAAUCAAUUCCUAUACGUGAGCAAGAAAGUGACGAUGAAAAUCAAGAAGAUAAGGUUGUUAAAGAGGAAACUAUCUUAGAACAAGAAACAAAAAAUAUAAAUAAAGAAUUGUAUAGCGAUGAGGAAGAGGAAAUCAAAGAUGAGGAAGAAAUCGUCGAGGAGAAAGAACAUUCGAACGAGGUUAACGUCCCAGAGAAGGAGGCCGAAGAUUCAGAAGCCGAAGAAGUUCCGGAUGACGUUGAAAUAAUCGAUGACGAACAAAUCGAAGAAGAAAUAGAAGAUGAGGAAGAAGACGAAGAAGAAAUUUCUGAUGUCGACGAUGCUGAGUUAUUGAGUCGUCUCGAAGCUAAAUACGGCCGGCUUCCGGAACCCGAGCGGCCCGGACAAAGACCCAAGGAUGGUGGUAACAGCAUUGGUAACGAAUGGCCGGGCGAACCUAGCAGCUCGUAUUGGCGUAAGCAGCUAGACAUCGCUGAAGAUGAAAUCCGCCAGCGGGAGUUCGAGUCUGCGCGUGCGCGGGUGUCGCGUCCGGAGUUGGCGGGCAGUUUGCGCGCGCGGUACCUUGUCGCUCUCGCUCUCGACGAGGAGGCGGAGUACCGGCGCAACAACGACCUACUCUCGCGCGCAAUACUUGCCUACAUGCAACUCUUCAAAUCUUCCACACAACUCUCAGACAACUUGCUGACCCAAUUAGCUACGAAAACUUUAAGCAGGAUACAAUUUAGAGGAACUUACUUGAGUGCUGAACCCGUCUACAGGAUACUAAUCAAACGGUUUCCCAACGAAGUAUCCUAUAGAAACAAUUUGACCGUAACCUUCCUAAUGGCCAACAAACCUGAUUUAGCUGCUGAAGUAUUAAAAGAUACUCUGAAAAUGUGGCCAGACGAUCGCGUAGCUCUAGCUCAUUAUGGAUUUGUUUUAAAAACACACUAUAAAGAACUUGAAGAAUCUGUUACGAUGUUCCGAAAAGCUUUAGAAAAUGACACCGGGCCCGCGUGCGAGCCACGCUUCUACUAUCACUUAGGCGAUGCCCUGUUACUUCUCGGUCGCUUCGCAGAGGCAGAUGAAGUACACAGACGCGGCGCAGCGCACGGACACUUCUUGUCGCCUGCACAACGUUCCUUGUACAACGUGGACAGAUUAAAAAGUCGACCUUGGUGGCAAGUCGAGGAGACUCCAUACAUCAAAUUAGCCAAUGCAUUGGAACGAUCGUGGAAAGAGAUAUUAAAAGAAGGAGAAGAGGCGCGCGCUCUGUAUGAGAAAGAGAGGGAGGGGCUAAAAGAAAGAGGAGAGUGGUCUCAGUUAGACUUAUUCGUGAGAGGCCAAGAGAUCCCUGGGCGUUGCAAACGUGCGCCGGUCACUUGCUCUAUUGUGAGAACGGAGCCGGCCGCCGCCAACUGCAGGAGGGGGCAGAUCAAGUUCAGUUUGAUGGCGCCCGGGACACACGUCCGGCCACAUGUCGGACCUACCAACUGUAGGUUGCGAAUGCAUUUAGGAUUAAGCAAUACCAAAAAUACUUACAUACGAGUGGAUCGGGAAACUAGACAGUGGCAUUUGGGUAAGGUGUUGUUGUUCGACGACAGCUUCGAGCACGAGGUAUGGCACAAUGGCACCGGCGCUCGUCUCGUGCUCAUUGUGGACGUGUGGCAUCCUGACCUCACCGCACUCGAGCGCCGCCAGCUACCACCCAUCUAAUGCUUUAGACUAACAUCAAACGACCAUAGUUAUUAUUACCAGGACGACUUAGUACUUCAAGAAACUUAUCUCUUUUUCAAAGGCAGGCAACGCAUCUACAGUUACUUAGGUGUUACAUGUUCAUGGGCGUCAUUAAUCACCUCGGUGUACACGCUGCUCGUUUGCCCCCUUCUGUUAAAAAACUGAAUAUAAAAACUCGGUGAGAAAUGUACCGCGAAAUAUUCUCAAUUGCACUAAUCUGGGAGGCAGGCCAAUAAGCCAUUUUAAAAAAAUAUAACAAUAUCUCAGAUAUUAGAUCUGUCUUUUUAAUGUUACCAUUUUGCGUAUCCUUUUACCUUUUUAUAAUAUUUUUUAGUUCACAAUUUAUUUAUAAGUGUAAAAUGAAGUUAAUUUUUUUCUAGUCGACAUCCAAAAUAAAAAAGUUGUAACUGAUUUUUUGUCUAUAUUCAAAGUACCAACAGUGGUAAAAAAAUAUAUUGUUUAUAUUUUAAUUUAUAAAUGUUUCGUAGCGAGUUGUGCGAAGAGUGUUCAUGACUCUGUAUGGUUGUUAAUGUAAGAAUAUAUUAUUGUUGUAUUAGAAUCUAUAGUAAAUACUAUAUUUUGUAAAUACAAUUCAAUGCUCGAA